UCUCCACGUGCGUGGUUAUCGUAACCAAGAGAUCUGUAAACAAAUAUAUUUUCAAUGGAAAAACUUGAACCUGAUGAUAUUGAAGUGCGCCAGGUGUCCGUGGAAGAAUCGGGUGAUCUGAUGACAUUUCUGCUGGCCUACUAUUACCCAGAGGAGCCACUUACGGCAGGCACAAGCCCACCGGAACCAGAUGCGGCUGAUAAGGAAUUUCUGCUAUCGAAUGUUCCCUUUGGAACGUGCUUUAUGGCGCUGCAAGCAGGCAGGAUAGUAGCUGGCGUGGUGGCUGGUCCCAAGGAUGACCACGAACCAGAACACAUGAUCGAGGAAGCCAGAAAGCAUGCCGGCAGUAAGUGGGGACGCAUUCUACACAUGCUGUCUGCCGUGGAGUCCGCCACCGAUGUCUGCCGGCGGUUCAAUGUCCCCAGCUCGAUUCACGUCCAUGCCUUAGGCGUUAAUUCGGAACUUCGAGGUCAUAGCCUGGGCGCCCGCCUAAUGAUCGCCGUUGCCCAGAGGGCCAGGGACUUGGGACACCAUUUGGUAUCCGUGGACUGCACCAGUGUCUACUCCGCUAGGUUGGUCCAGCGUUUGGGCUAUGAGCUAAUCAAUACUAUACGGUAUGUGGAUCAUCUGGAUGAUAGUGGACAGCAGGUCAUCCGUCCACCACCGCCACAUGAAAGUGUCCAGACCUUCGUGUUGCGCCUAUAGGCAAUCAUAACUGGCCAACUUGUACUGAGGAACCCUAUCAUCAUAUCACAUUAACACCCACAACGCACCCCAAAAGCGUUAAAAUGGUUAUCAGUAUUCCUUAUCAGAAUAUAAUAAGAACCUGGCAUUUAGGCACUUGAUGGCCAUAAAAAUGUAACCAACGAUAAACAUGUAAAGGGUUGCAACUUUGUAUUUUAUAUAUCAGAAAGUUUAAUCAGAAGAAUUUAUGUGUACAUAUUUUUGCAUUUUGAUAUAAAAAAGAUGUAUAAUAUAUAAUAUAUAACA